UUUUUCAGCCCUAAUAUUAGCGCUAUUUUUCAAUCAAAACCCUUCUGUCCCCGAUUCUUCCACUUGCUUUCUCUCUUUCUCUCUGUUGCCUCUUCUCUUCCCACCCGUGGCUUCGACCAGAUCCGGCGAAAUUCGACCUCCUCUCCGACCAAAUCCGAUCUCAUAUUCUUCUCUCAGGGCUGUGAUUUGAGAUCUACUUCAUAAAUUUGGGAGCUUCGUUUCUUGGAGAGGUCUUGUGUGAGAAGGAAGAGGAAAACAAGAGAAGAAGAAACCAGAUCAAAGGCCUAGGAAAAUGGCUGGAGGGUUCAGAGUGCUUCAUCUUGUUCGACCGUUUCUGGCAUUCUUGCCUGAAGUUCAAAAUGCUGACCGAAAAAUUCCAUUUAGGGAGAAAGUGAUCUACACUGUGAUCUCUCUUUUCAUUUUUCUGGUUUGCAGUCAGCUUCCCUUAUAUGGCAUACACUCAACUACUGGAGCAGAUCCUUUUUACUGGAUGCGUGUUAUUCUUGCAUCAAACCGUGGAACCGUCAUGGAGCUAGGAAUCACUCCAAUUGUGACUUCUGGACUGGUUAUGCAACUCUUGGUUGGAUCAAAGAUCAUUGAAGUGGACAAUAGUGUUCGAGAGGAUCGUGCUCUUUUAAAUGGUGCACAAAAGUUACUUGGCAUCUUGAUCGCUAUCGGGGAGGCAGUUGCAUAUGUUCUAUCUGGAAUGUAUGGUAGUGUCAGCCAGCUGGGAACUGGAAAUGCUAUUCUCAUUAUACUUCAACUUUUCUUUGCUGGUAUCAUUGUCAUUUGUUUGGAUGAACUUCUGCAGAAGGGAUAUGGUUUGGGAUCCGGUAUUUCUUUAUUCAUUGCCACCAAUAUAUGUGAAAAUAUUAUCUGGAAGGCAUUUAGCCCCACAACCAUUAACAGUGGGCGUGGUGCUGAAUUUGAAGGUGCUGUCAUUGCUUUGUUCCAUCUACUAAUAACUCGAUCAGAUAAAGUCCGUGCUCUUCGUGAGGCUUUCUAUCGUCAAAAUCUUCCAAAUGUGACCAAUUUGCUUGCCACAGUUUUGGUCUUCCUUAUUGUUAUAUAUUUCCAAGGCUUCCGUGUGGUGCUGCCUGUGAGGUCAAAGAAUGCCCGUGGACAACAGGGAUCCUAUCCAAUUAAACUGUUUUACACAUCUAAUAUGCCCAUCAUUUUACAGUCAGCACUUGUUUCUAACCUAUAUUUUAUCUCCCAGUUAUUAUACAGGAGGUACAGUGGCAAUUUCCUUGUAAAUCUGCUGGGUAAGUGGAAAGAAUCUGAGUAUUCUGGUCAAUCUGUCCCUGUAGGUGGUCUGGCUUACUAUAUCACAGCACCAUCAAG